UAUCAAUUAGUAUUCUCUUCCCCGAACACAAAACGUAAUUGCAAAAUUACAGAAAUAUAAAAAUAGUAUUCAAUCGUUUGAAUCCACACUAUCAUUAGGGGUGAGAAAAAUGUUUUUAAAUCGUUUGAUGCACCAAGGAAAGUUUUUUGCCGUUCCGACUUCUCGAUAUCUCAUUCGCCAACAACAGGAAAGUGUCAUUCGGAGCUUAUAUUUGACAGUUUCUUCACAACCGGCAUCGACAUUCUUAGCAGCUGUCAAAAAUUCACACAUUUCAGCGAUUAAACUAGAAAAUUCGGUUGCAAAACGUUCUGCUCGCAAAUAUUCAUCGAUUAAAUUAGCUAUGGAAAAGCAUUGUGUGGUACCGGAUGUUAUUUCAUGCAUUCCGCAGGAAGUAAUAACCGUUUGCUAUCCAAGUGGCGCAGUAGUCGAACAAGGGAAUGUCCUAACUCCAACCUUGGUGAAGGACCAACCCACUGUGACUUGGAAAGCUGAUGCUAAUGCAUACUAUACUUUGUGUAUGACAGAUCCAGAUGCACCUAGCCGUACCGAACCCACAUUUCGUGAAUGGCACCACUGGUUGGUGGGAAACAUUCCCGGAUGUGAUGUUUCCAAAGGAGAGGUUUUAUCAGCAUAUAUAGGUUCAGGGCCACCACCGAAAACGGGCUUGCAUCGUUACGUUUUUUUGAUCUACAAACAAAGUGGCAAAUUGGAGUUUGAUGAGAAACGCUUACCAAAUAACAGCGGCGAUGACCGCGGAGGCUUUAAAAUUGCUGCAUUUGCCAAAAAAUACAACCUGGGCGACCCCGUUGCCGGCAAUUUUUAUCAAGCUGAAUUCGAUGAUUAUGUACCCAUUUUAUACAAGCAAUUGGGAGCAUAAGUUUUCUGAAUGGAAUUUUAUACAUAAAAUUUAAAAUGUAAUUCAAUACUUGUAGUGAUUUGGCUGGAAAAGGCAUCAAAAUCGGUUUAAAUGCUCUCGGUAGAACUUCAAAAAAAUUGGGAUUGUAUGAAUUAGAGAUUUCAUUUAUUUUGAGAGUGUGGAAGAGAAUAAAUGGAAAAUUAUAAUA